ACCUGUUCGACACAGACUGUGGGCUUCAGGGGCGUCAGGAAGCAUCACUGCUAUCUAAACUUAAAAGUGAAGCGACUUUAGCUCAGGUAGCAAAUGUGUUGUGGUUGGUAUCGCCAGUGUAAUGUUCAUUUUAUUAGUCCUACAUUUAAUGAAGACCAAAACUGGCCAGUUUUCAAUUUAUAGUUUUCCCUGGGAAAGUCCUGCAAAAUCAACCGUAUGUUAAACUGGUCUAAUACAGAACCAAACGCAGCUGCUCUCUGCUCGUCACAUCCAAUUGCCGCUCCUGAGAGGCAAAACCAACCAACCGGACUUCAUUCCUCAAGUCACAUCAUUAGAGUCGCACGGCGUGGCGCAAUCUUUCACCCUAACAAAACCACAGGUGAAUACCAGUUUCAGCUCCAAAGAUAGCUGCAUUACGCGUGUUUGGCCUUUUGUGUCCUCUCUCAACACGGAGAAGCUAACAGGGUAACUGUAAGGGGAUGGCAAAGUGACACCGUGUUCAGCUGACAUAAAAAAUCUGACGUCUGUGGAUACCAGAUGAAGCAGGUUGGUCUUCUUUACUGAGUCAUCUUUACCAAUGAGGUUUAGACGGGAAAAGAUACCCAGACAGAGAGCAUCAUCUUGACAUCUGUAACCUUCACUUGUGUUCUCCGGCCCAACCAUGAGGGACAGACUGAGCCACCUGCAGGAAAUGUCCAACGGCCAUGUGGAGCCGAUGGAGUACGCAGAGUCCACCGUCUCAGAUACCUUUAGCAAUGUGGACCUUGAGGAGGAGCUUCCCCAUGAGGCGGUUGUGUUUGAUGAUAACAGCCCCGCUCUGGCAGAAAUCUUCUCACAUUCACAAGACAUCCACAGGGAGAUCCAGCUCAUCCGCUUGGAUGUCAAAAGGCUUCGUGAGCAGAACUCCCGGAUAACGCAGGGUGUCACCACCAUGAGCACCAUCAAAAGAGACUCCAACGCUAUCGGUGCUGACAUAAAAUCUCGAGCAGAAGGGGUGCUGUCACAUCUGCAAGAAAUGGACGGGAUGUCCCAUAAGUUAGAGGAAGCCCAUGGCUCAAGUUCUGCUGUCACAAGAAUUGCCAGAACACAGUACGCCGGCCUCAGCAAUGGUUUCCGAGAUGCCAUGUUUGACUAUAAUGAGGCUGAGAUGAGCCACAGGGAGAACUGCAAAGCCCAGAUUCAGAGGCAGAUGGAGAUAGUGGGACGAGAGGUGACAGGAGACGAGGUGGAGGAGAUGAUCGAGCAAGGUCAGUGGAACAUCUUCAACGACAACAUCAUGUCAGAGGGUAAAACUGUUCGAUCGGCUCUGAAUCAAAUCGAGAAGAGGCACCAGGAGCUGUUGGACCUGGAGACCAGAAUCAAAGGCAUCCAUGAGAUUUUCCUGGACAUUGCUUUGCUGGUGGAGGAGCAGGGCCCCAUGAUUACCUCCAUCCAAACCAAUGUUCAGAAAACAGAUGAAGGCAUACAAGGUGCCCUCGUCAAGCUCCGCAAGGCUAAACGCCAUGACAAUAACAACCCUUUUAAAAAAAUGUUUUGCAGCUGUUUCCCAUGCUACAACUAAUGACUUUAUAUAGAUGCGGUCAUAGAGAUGGCUUAAUAUAUAAAAGUAUUUCAGACAAAGUAAAAUUGGAAAACAAAAAGAUGAAAAACAUGUUCUGUUAUUAUUAUUGUCAUUUUUUUAAUCAACAUGACCUGUAGAUUAAGAUAAGUAAAUCUUCUCCAGGGAGUUGACUAAAUCUGUGAUAAGAAGUGAGAAAUAGCUGUGUCUGAGAGGAAAACAUGCCAAGGUCAAAUAUUUAUAGAUGUAUUCCAAGUAAACCAAUAAUGUCUGUAGAGUUUGAGUAAGAGGUUUGAGAUGGGCAAUCGGAGUCAAUUUCCAAAUACUGACUUAAAAUAUACAGGGGUCUGGCUACAGACUGUACAUUUCUGACAGCCACUCUCACAGACGGUUAAUAUGAAUAUAUCUCAGAAAGGAAGUGCCGUAAUCUGUGGGUGCAACAGUUUUCCAGUUUUAGAUUGUUUAAAUCCAACUUUAUUCAUAAAGUCUGGCAGUUACACUCAUGAAAUAACCACACCGCAAACAUUACAGACUCAGAAAUAUUUCAUAAACAAAACAGAGAAAAAUUCAGAGAGCUAAAUCGUGAUUAAAUUAUAUAUAGACUUGUUUUAGAAUUAGUUACAGAAACAGUUGCUCGCUUUAGCUUCCUUAGCUUUAGCUAAAGCUAACAUACUGUAGCUACAAGAGCUAAUUAACUAAUUAUUAAAUGUUUUGCAAUCUGUUUUUUAGGUUAGGUUUUUAACUUUGGUAUCCUAACCCUUACUUUUACCCUAACCCUAAGCAGAAGUUAAAUCUGAUUUUAUUUUGAAAGUUUCUGCAUGUAUUUCUGUUCUGAAAGCAUCUCAGAUGAACAGUCUGUGAGGGUGACUGUCAGAGAUGAACUGUCUGCGGCCAGACUGUCUUGGAGGGAAAUACAUUGGGGAUAUUUUCCACUCAACACAAUGCAAAGACUGUCCGACAUGCUUUCUUAACAUUGUUGUACAUAAAUCCCAAAAAUAAAUAUUUGUGCUAGGCAUAUUGCUCGUCUUGUUGAUAAAAGAUAACAGCCCCUACAGUUAACUACAGAGAAAUGUGACAAGCAAGUCAGUUCAAUACUGUUUGGGAUAAAACAACAGAGAAGUCAGACCACUAAAAACUGUCACAAGCUGAAAAUUGAUAUUCUAGAAAUUGUGCAUUAAUUUGUUCUUGAAAAAGUUGUAUAUAUUUUCUGCUGUUCUAUGUAUUUAAAUGAUUAAUUUCUUUGUUUUAUUAUAAAUAUGAUUGUUUCAUUUUAUGCUGACCCCCAUGUACAACACUUUGAAAUUCCUACAUUUUCCCUUAUUUACUUUCUCUUUUAAGAUCAAAAAUAUCUAAGAAGGGAGAGCAGUUUUCUGGGUUUUUAUUAUCAUUCUCUGUGACAUGUAGGUUUACAAAGUUGAGGUUUUGUAACGAGUGCCAGUCUGUAACUUUUCACUGGUAUGUUGUUUCUGUAUGAUUGCACAGUUAAGUUGCCUACAUUUAGUCCUUUGUGUCCUAUAUAAAUUAUAAAGUGUUAUAUUAA